AGAAAAACUAACUCGACAACAUGCGAGUAGUCUUCAUAUUCGAAAUAUGUCAGAGGGUCUUGUCAAGCCGAGCUCAGAUUGUGGAAAUGGAGCUGAUACAAGUAAUCUGAGAAAUGAUGCUGGCAUGUUGCCAUUGGAAGUCAUUGAUAAUGCUGUCGGCACUCAAAUAAAGAUCUUGCUAUCUAAUAAUAAAGAGUUCCAGGGCACCUUAAUCGGGUUUGAUGACUUUGUGAACGUUGUGUUGCAAAACGUCACUGAAGUUGAUGCCAACGGUGAAAAGGGUAGACUUAUCGAAAAAAUGUUGUUGAAUGGGGCUCAAAUAGCCAUGUUAUGCCCGGCGUGAGUCGAGCCAUGUGCGAAAAGAACAAUUUUGAAGCUUGUGGAUCGCUUCUUAAGGUCCCUUACUAUGACAUCGUCUUACAAGGACUAGAAUGCCUUAUAGGCUCGGGACUGAUUUUAGUUUUGAGUUCAUUUGAUCAGCUGCUUUCAAUGAGGGCGAAUGGCCUGCAUC